UUUAUUAAAAUAUUACAAAAAAUGUCCGAACAAAAAGAAGAAAGUGUACCUGGCCAAAAUACUGUUUCUGUUAUGAAAGUGCUGCUGAAAGGGCUGCAAUGGAGGCAGAGUUUGAAAGGCAAUCGGAAGAAGCUCGUUUCAGAAUGGCACAUGGUUAUGAUCAAUCUGGGGAGUCUGUAAAUUCUAAAGACGAAGAAGGCAAAGAAAUGGCUGGAGAAGCUUUUGAGGAAACUCAUAAUCAUAAAGAACCGCUUGCACAUUAAAAUAAAAAGAAAAAAGCAAAUAAAGAAGAAUUUGAAGAAAAGAAUUGUUAAACAAUAAAAAAUAAAUUUAAAUAUUUAG